AUGGUACGGCACAAGAAGGACUUCCGCGGCGGCCGCGGCGGCGGGCGAGGCAGAGGUGGCGGCAGAGGCGGCGGCGGCCCUCGCCAGGCGCGACCACUUCGUAACGAUGGCGACAACAACAGCGACAGCGACAACAGCGGCGGCGACUACGACGGCCCAGCGUUCAAGGCGGCCUGCUGGGACCUGAACCACUGCGACCCGAAGCGCUGCUCGGGCAAGAAGCUAAUCCGUCUCGGCAUGAUGCGCGACCUGCACGUCGGCCAGCGGCACAACGGCGUCAUCAUCACCCCCAACGGCAAGCACACCAUCUCGCCCGCCGACCGCGAGCUCAUGGAGCAAUACGGCGCCGCCGUCGUCGAGUGCUCGUGGGCGCGCACAAAGGAGAUCCAGUGGAGCAAGGUCGGCGGCAAGUGCGAGCGCCUCCUACCCUACCUGGUCGCUGCCAACACCGUCAACUAUGGCAAGCCGUAUCGCCUCAACUGCGUCGAGGCGCUCGCAGCAUCUUUCUACAUCUGCGGGCACCCAGAGUGGGCAGAGGAAGUUCUUGCGCCGUUCAACUAUGGCGAGUCGUUCCUGGCUAUCAAUUCCAAGGUGCUCAAGAAAUAUGCAGCCUGCGCAGACGAGGAGGCUGUGAAGAAGACGGAAGCCGAAUGGAUGGAGAGGUUGGAGCGGGAACACGCGCAGAGCCGGGAGAAUGAAGACGAGGACGACCUAUGGAAAGGUGGCAACAGGAAUCGCAUGACCUUUGAGGCCAGCAGCGACUCGGAAGAAGAAGAAGAGGAUGACGACGAGGGCGGCACAAAGCAGAAAAAGAAGGACGACGACGACGAUGAGAGCGUGGACGGUAUUUACCUAGGCAAGAAACCAGAGUUGUGGCCAAAGCCUGGGGAUGCGACGAGCGACCCAACAGGCGCCCAUAAAAAGUCGAAAAAGGAUCAGUUCGACAUCUCAGAAGACGAAGACGACGAGGACGCCGAGAUGGAGGAGAUCAGGCGUAAGGUGCUGGCGUCGAAACCGUUCUCCAACAUGGACGACGACCGCAAGGCCAAGCCUACAGUCGUGCCGCCGCCGCAGCCGCAGCGGUACCGCAUCGACUCGGAUGCGGAGCCUGACUCAGACAACGGCGGCUCGGAUGAAGACGAGGAUGACGCGUUUGACAGCGUGAUUGACGCGGUGCCGGUGACGGACAAAGUCGGGCUGGCCAAGCUGGAGAAGGAGCGGUCGCGGGCACACAUAACGAGCAGAACAUUUACCUCUGGCGGGGCGUCAGCGCCCUCGAGGUGGUGA